CCAUUUUGUACACCUUAACUUUGCCAUAUAAGUGUGGUCAUAUUAUUAAUCAAAAUAAAAUUUGAAAAUUUCAUCUCUGGUUAACAGUCUGUAGUUGGGUGUCCUUAAUGUUAUAAUUUUUCUUUAACUAAUGAUGUUUGACUCAACAUUGACAUUUGUCACUUGGAAUCUUCUGGAUUUUGAUUACUGUAAUAGGUUUGCAUGCAAAUCCUGCAUUUGAAACUGACAGCCACUUGUCAUUGGUAACAUUGGUGGGACCUUGCUCAAAGGGCAGAGCUUUCUUGUGGGUGGUUUGAUGGUUGGAUGGCAAUCACUAUUAAAUGUGAUAGAUUGGGUUUUGAUUAGACGAAAUUUAAGACAAUAUAAGAGCACCUUGUUGUUCAACAUAAUAAACAAAAAAGAAGGGAAGGCCUAAUAAUGUAUUUUAAACCGUAUGAUGAUAAUAUCUUUGGCAUUGCAGUUAAAUCCUGUCACUUGAGAAUGGCCAUCUAUUCAGCUUGACUUUGUGAAUGGGGAAAGUUAGUAAGGUGAAGUGCAAGGCUGAUUCCCAGCGUCGCAGAGUGACUCCAUAUCCUUUGCCAUCUUGCCCAAGGAAAAGUGCCGAAGAUUGCCACUCAAAGAAGAAACAUUCAAAAGCCUUGGAGAAGAGUGAAUGGAAAGGUGCAACCUGUUCUGUUUGUCUGGAAUUUCCUCACAAUGCAGUGCUCCUUCUUUGUUCCUCUUAUAACAAGGGUUGUCACCCAUAUAUGUGUGCCACUGGUCGUCGAUUUUCCAAUUGUCUUGGGCAGUACAAAAAAGCCUAUACUAAAGUAACUUCAACUGAAGAGACGCAACAAUUGAACAGGUCUGCAGACAAUUCAAGUUUCCAUUUGGGAGCUGGGGAGGCUAAUGAGAAGAUGCAAGUUCCAGAGCUUUUAUGCCCGCUCUGUCGGGGUCAGGUGAAGGGUUGGACAGUGGUGGAACCAGCCCGGAAGUAUCUCAAUGCCAAAAAAAGAACCUGCAUGCAAGAUAAGUGCUCAUUUGUUGGAACUUACAAACAGCUCAGGAAGCAUGUUAAGGCCAAGCACCCAUUGGCACGACCCCGAGCUGUGGACCCUGUUCUUGAAGAAAAAUGGAAGAAGCUUGAAUGUGAGAGAGAGCGAAAUGAUGUAAUCAGCACAAUUAUGUCGUCAACUCCAGGGGCUGUGGUGCUGGGGGAUUAUGUGAUUGAGCCAGGCCGACAUGGCUUUUUUAAUGAUUAUGAUUAUGAUUCGGAUGAGUCUCUGGAUGAUCGUUUCUUUCCUUUGGGAUCCUUUAAUCGAGGACAGAGUAGUGGUCAUUAUCGCAAUGGAUUUCACCUAGAUUUUGACUCAUUGGAUGAGGAUGACUAUGGGUUGCGUCGUCCUGGGGCUACUGGUCCUGCAGCACUCUCUGGGCGUGGUCUCCACAGAUUACUGCUGACAAGGGCUAGGAGACCUUGGAGGUUUAGAGGAGGCAAUAGGGGUCAAAAUUACUGAUUAAAAAAAGGUUUGAGGACUUUAAGUUAUUAUAAACUGUUUGUUCUAGAUUUACUUUUCACUGCCAUCAUAUGCCACAGGUGAUGGUUGCCACUGCUGUGUUCCCCUGAUGUGGUAUAAUGUGAUUGGCAACUGGAAAGUGAUUUCAAUAAGUAGUAGGGAUAGCAGUUUAGAGGGUCUUUUUCUAGGUGAUUUAGUCGUGACGAGGGCCAAGGCAUUUUAUUGGUCUGUUUCCUUCUAGUUUUAUGAUUUGACUGUCAUUUGAUCAUCGCAUAUUCAUUUGAAUUGAGAUGAUAUGAUCAGAGACGUUCUUGAUA